AUCUCCCCUUCCACCCUCCUCGACUCUUCCCUUUCUCAACGUUGGAGGAGGAGAGAGAGAGAGAGAGCAGGGGGGGAGGGGGAUCGAACGAAACCCUAACGAUCUCCAACUACGAUCUCGAUCUAGGGUUAGUGUUUCCCCCCAAUCCCUCCCCAAAUGAGGCUCCUCCGAUCCCACCUUCUCCUCCUCCUACUCGCCUCUUCGGCCGCAGGAUCACUCCUCCGCACCGUCCCCGAGGAGCCCUCCACCAUCUCCUCCGGCGGCGGCGGCGGGGGUGGCGGCGACGCCCUCUACUGCGACAGUUGGAGGCUCUCCGUGGAGACGAACGACGCCGGGCCGUGGACGAGGAUUCCGGCGAGGUGCAUCGCGUUCGUGGACGAGUACAUGAACGGCGAGCGAUACGCCUCCGACUCCGAGGUGAUCGCCGGCGAGGCGCUCGCCUUCGCCGAGGCCGUCGAGGUCGCCGGCGACGGGAAGGAUGUGUGGGUCUUCGACGUUGAUGAGACGCUGCUCUCGAAUUUGCCCUACUACGCCGCUAAUGGAUACGGAUCACAAGACUUCAACGAGACUUCAUUUGACGAAUGGGUGUAUCUCUCAAAAGCACCAGCUUUAUCAGCUAGCUUAAAGCUGUACACAGAACUACAAGCGCUCGGAUUUCACAUGGUCCUUUUAACCGGUCGAGCUGAGGUCCAGAGGAAUGCCACAGAACAGAACCUAUUGUUCGCUGGCUACGGUUCUUGGACGCAACUCAUUUUGCGGGGGGCCUCUGAUAUUGGGCAAACUGCAGUGCUCUAUAAAUCGAAGAAGCGGGCGGAAUUAUUAGCGCAAGGCUACAGGAUUCACGGGAACUCCGGAGAUCAAUGGAGCGACUUGUUUGGGUCGCCGCAGGCCACUAGAUCCUUCAAGCUCCCAAAUCCUAUGUACUACAUUAGUUGAAUUGGCCCACUGAACGAUUUUAAGUGAUUGUUGAUUGUUGAUUGUUUAUUUAUUGGAGCAUUAUUUCAAGAUUUGCUCAUUCUGUGUUGUACAAUUUGUAAUGAAAACUACUUUAUUCUGGCGCACAAGAUUUGUACA